UGCACGCCUAUAUAAACCCAAGUUUGUAAGCUCCAAAAAAACCCACAACACUACAAGCUAUACAUAAGCUCCUUUGUCUUCAGUAACGAGUGCUAUUACUUGCAAAAAAUAAGCAAUGGAGGCUCAAGGCAAUGGCUAUGGUAAUGGAAAGCACUUGCCAAUUAUUGGCAACGGCUUUCCUUCAAUCCAUCGUGUCUCUUUCACCGAUGAUUUUGUUUUUGGCGCGGCAUCAGCUGCUUUUCAGUAUGAAGGCGCGGCAAAGGAAGGGGGUCGUGGCCCAAGCAUUUGGGAUGAUUUCACCAAGAGAUGGCCUGGUAGGAUCACUGAUGGCAGUAACGGAAACACGGCUGUUGAUUUUUAUCGUCAAUUUAAGGAAGAUGUGAAGAUCAUGAAGAAAAUGGGUUUGGAGGCCUUUAGAUUCUCAAUCUCAUGGUCCAGAAUCUUGCCUUGUGGACAGCUAAACCUGGGUAUAAACAAGGAAGGGAUCCGGUUUUACAAUGAUCUAAUUGAUGAGCUUAUAGCAAAUGGUAUAACACCAUUUGUGACUCUGUUCCAUUGGGACGUUCCCCAAGCUUUGGAAGAUGCAUAUGGCGGCUUUCUAAGUUCUAAAAUAGUGGCCGACUUUUGUGACUACGUGGAUCUUUGCUUUUGGGAGUUUGGUGAUCGAGUGAAACAUUGGAUCACACUAAAUGAGCCAUGGAGCUUCAGUAAGUAUGGGUAUGCAACUGGUGCGUUCGCACCAGGUCGAGGCACUACUGCCGAAAGGCCUGUUACAUCUUCGACUGAAGAUAGCACAUGGAGUUUCGAGCCGUCGCAUCGAUCUAUUACAAGUGCUCAAUCGGAACCAUUUGACAAUGGGAAUCCUGCUACAGAACCUUACAUAGUCACGCACAACCUUCUUCUUGCUCAUGCAGCUGCAGUAGAGCUCUAUAGAAAAAACUAUCAGGCAUGCCAAAAGGGGAAGAUUGGAAUCACUAAUGUGGUAACCUGGAUGGAGCCUUACACUGAUUCGAAAGCUGAUAUCGAUGCUGCACAACGAGCACUAGAUUUCAAGUUGGGAUGGUUUGUGAAUCCAGUGGUAAAUGGUUGUUAUCCGCAAUCCAUGAGAAAAUUUGUAGGAAACCGACUACCCGAAUUCUCAGAUACUGAAUCCGAGAAAUUGAAAGGAUCAUACGAUUUUCUCGGAAUAAAUUACUAUACUGCCCAGUAUGUAGCAGAUGCAUCACACAGUCAAGUUGAAAAGUUAAGCUACAUCACAGAUCCCAAGGUUAAGUACUCAAGUGUGCGGAAUGGGGUUCCGAUUGGUCCACAGGCUAGUUGUGGUUGGAUCUACAUGUAUCCACAAGGAAUUUAUGAAAUUAUGAUGUACAUAAAGAAAAAGUACAAUAACCCGGUCAUUUAUAUCACAGAGAAUGGGUUGGGCGAAGAGAGUAGUUUAAAAAACAGAUUCACAGAAGCAAGAGUGGAUGAAAUGAGGACAAAUUACCACAUUGAUCAUCUCCGUUGCCUUCGGGAAUCAAUUGAUGAUGGCGUUAGGGUGAAGGGUUACUUUGUGUGGUCGCUGUUUGACAACUUCGAAUGGGCUGUUGGUUACACUAAUCGUUUUGGAAUGAUUUAUAUUGAGUUCAGAGAUGGAAAUUUCACAAGGUAUCCGAAAGGAUCAGCCAUAUGGUACAUGAAUUUCCUCAAGGAUAAGGGCGCCGAAGCCCUCAAAAAACAACUUCCUGUUCCCGGCAAAUAAAUAAUUCUUCUUUGCUGUUGAUUUUAUGUUCCGUCUUUCGGUUGUCCUCCCCAUAACUUAGUUCAACGAUUUCUGUUUUCGUGUGUUUGUACCCAAAUAAGUGAAGGUGGACUCCAAUCCUGGUGGAGGGUGUUCCAACUGGAGCAUGUUAGAUGGGUCGUAAGGAGAGAGAGUUGGCUUUGUCUGGCAUUGAAGAAGGCAAUUGGGAAGUAAUGAGAGUGUUGAGCUGUGCAGGUGUUGUGCAUGUGUAUUGCAUAAAUAAGUAUCUUUGUAUUGUGUUCAAAGUGUGGGUAAAAGAGAAGAAAAGAGAGCAGAGAGUAUGAGUUUGUGUGUGAGAUGAAAGUAUGUAUGAGAGGAGAGCUGCGAGAGGUCUGAGUGAUUGAAUUGUAAUUUUGCUUGUGUUUGUUUAAAGAUCAAUAAAAGUAGUGUGUGUUUGAGUGAGGAAAA